AUGACUAUAAAAAAACAGAUUAUUUUGUUAGCUGGAAAAAUUGAAAAUAGUGAUAAUGAAGAAAAUGACAUGAACAUUGAACCCACGCAGACAACUAGUAAGACUGAUUUAACAUUAAAAGAAAAGCUUCAGAACGAAAUAGAAAACAGUAUAAAAAUAAUAAAUCCUGAAGCAUUUAAAGAAACUGAUCUUUCUAAGAUCAUUAAACAAGAAAUGAAUCUUUUUGAGGCUAGUUCCACACGAGGUCAUAAUUUGGAGAAGGCUUAUAAAAAUUUAUUGACGAUUUCUCCAACUUCCAUCGAGCCUGAACGCGCGUUUUCCGCUGCUUCAUAUUUGUGCAACAAAUUAAGAAGCAUGCUUUCGGAUGAGACGUUGGAUGCGUUGUUAUUUCUUAGAUUUUAUUUUCGUGGCUUAAAUAAGUAA